CUAUUAGACACUCUCUGGUAUCUGAGCCAGAAACAAUAAAUACAGAAAACGUCUUUUUCGUGCUUUUCGCGAACAUGGCGAAGAAGAACGGCAAGUCUGUAGACGAUGUUCAGAAAAUCUUCGAAAAGUUCGACAAGAACGGAGACGGAAAAAUCUCCUGCGCCGAGCUCAAGAACGUAAUGAGUGCACUUGGUUCUGAGACUUCGAACGAGGAGAUCAAGCGCAUUAUGGAAGAGAUCGACAAGAAUGGCGACGGACACAUUGAUCCGCGUGAGUUCGCUCUUUUCUUUUGUGGCGGUGAAUCGGAUGGAGGAGGAGAUCAGUGUGGUACCAAAGAGCUAAAGGAUGCGUUUGAUCUGUAUGAUGCUGAUAAGAACGGUCUUAUAUCCGCGAGUGAGCUUCAUUCUGUGUUGAAAGGGUUGGGGGAGAAGUGCACGUUGAGCGAUUGCAGGAGGAUGAUCAAGUCGGUGGAUGUUGAUGGCGAUGGAAGCGUUAACUUCGAGGAGUUCAAGAAGAUGAUGUCUCGUGAUUAGAGAUCUUCUUUUUAGCAGCUCCCAAGGGAGUGGUCGAGUGGGACCACAUAUUGCAAGUAGGAUUUAUAUGAAUAUGUUAAUUGGUAAGUGACUCUGACUUAUUUGAUUUUGACUUUGCAAAAUUAAAUAUCAAAUUUGGAAAAAUUAACCAACUAGAUGAUUUGUAUAUUGACAUUAAUUAAUUUUUAUAUAAGAUAUGAUUAAUUAAUGUUAUGAUAAUA